GAACGUGUUUACUCUGCGCGUGCACUGCGUCACCAGAUUUCUGUGGCUUUAUGAAUGUUUGAUCGAUAUUUUCCUUAAUAAACAACAUCGAACAGCGUGUUUAUUUUAGCGUGGUCGUGAUAUGAAUACACUAAUCGCAAUGGAUAAGGGCCAUACAGUUAAACUCUUUGUAGGGAACUUGGCCCUGGACACCACGCAAGAAGAACUGUCAGCUAUUUUUGAGGCGUAUGGCCAGGUGGUUAGCUGCAGUGUCUUGAGACAGUUCGCUUUCGUACACCUACAAGGGGAGGGUGCAGCUGAGCGUGCCAUCCGGGAACUCAAUGGCAGAGAGUUCAAAGGUCGAAACCUUGUGGUCGAGGAGUCUCGAGGCCGACCGCUCCACUCGACAAAGGUGUUUGUGGGUAAUCUGAGUAGUAUGUGCACCACAGAGGACCUUCAGGAGCUCUUUCAGACCUUUGGGAAAGUUCUGGAGUGUGAUAAAGUGAAAGGUUAUGCCUUUGUACACAUGGAGAACAAAGAAGAUGCACUGCAGGCCAUCGAGGCUUUGCAUGGGACCUCGUUCAAAGGCCGACCGCUGUCUGUGGAGCUCUCGAAAGUUCAGCCAAGUAAGCAGGCCCCCACUGGUAAGAUCCCAUGCGUAAGCUGUGGCAAACAAGGUCACUAUGCAGGUGAAUGCCCAGCUGGAAAGCCCACCCUUGAGCAGUAUCAAAGCCAAGCAGCUGUGCUAGCUGCUGCCGCCGCUGCGGCUGCCGGUCUACCGCUGCAGGUUCAGCAGAGUGUCCACAAUUCCGUAUACAACACCUCAACAUUUGACCCCACUUACGCUGCUCUAACUGGACUUACAGCUGCUGGCGCAAGGGCAGAAGGAGGGACGGCAGUGGCACCAGCCGUGUACGGAGCUCUAGCCAGUCAAGUGUAUGGAACGGUUGCCAACCAGCUGUACAGCGGGACAGUUGCCAAUCAAGCACUCAACAACAGCGCUGCUGCCGCCGCCGCACAGGUAUAUGGCUCGGUUAACCCGACUUUCUACGGGCAGAUGGCUGCAGCUGCUGCCGCCGCGUACGGUCCGCAGUUUUACACGUCUGCAGUAGGUAAUCCAGUGUUCCUAACUGCAGGGCCAGGCAUGGAGGUACCGGCAGGCGCUGCUGUUAACCAAGCCUAUACGGUAGGACCAACCCUCUACAGUGCAAGCCCAGCUUACGGAGCGCUGGGAGCAGCUGAUUCAGCAGCUAUCUUUGAAGCAGCAAGGGCACACUACUUUGCACAAGGUCAGCAGGUGUUAGCUGAGCAGCAGCAGCAGGCUAGCUCGAAGUCAGGAGAGAGGGACCGGAGUCCACUAAGAAGAUCAGCCCCACUAUUACCAGACCCUGUUAUGAAACCAUUUAUGUACCAGAGGGCAAAACGCAGAGCCUUGUUGCCUACGCCUGCGGGACGCGAAGAAGCUGCCGCGCAGGAGGAAGACGCCGUAGCUAGAUACUACGCUGAAUACUACCAGCAGUACCAGCAGCUGCAGCAGUACCCACAUUACCAGUAUGCCUAUCCAGCUCACAACCAUCUCGCAGCAAUGCAAACACUCUCCGGCCUGCCCGCUCAGCAGAUGGCAACCCUCGACUCCCUCAGGCCAGUGCUGCCCGCCGCCCCCGUGCCUGCCGCUGCCGCCAUCGCCAUGGCAACACCCCGCGUGUAUGAGCCUCCGCCGAUUCCGCCGUCGCACAAGGAGCCCCUUCUCCGCCGCCCCGAACUUGCCCUACACACCCCUGAAACACCCUUCCGAUAGUGUGCUCCACAUCCUCUCUGCCUCUCCUUUCCUUGUGCUGAGUGUGUGUGUCAGAAAGAAACCACAAGUCUAUGUUUAUGAUGUGCGUGUGUGUGUGUUUGUGAGUAUGGGUUAAAGAUGGUGGGCAUGUUGGUUUUAACUAUAGACUGGAAUCUCUAACCUUGGUUCUGAUCACACACCCAGUGUAGUCAGGGCUGAAAAAGGGAAACUGCAUGCUAUCAUUCCUGCACACUUAACCAAGGUAACACAUUAAUGCUCUGUUUUAAGAAAUGUCUCUCUGACCUUAAAGGAAUAGUUCAGCUAAUAUUGAACAUGUUAUCAUUAUUUACUUACUCAUGUUGAUCUUAACUUUCAUUUUUGAUAGACAGAAUGCUUAUACUUUGUUUCCCAAACAAGGAAAGUUUAUGGUGAUUUAUACUGGCACUCCUAAAUGGACAAAAAAAAAGUAUAACGCACAAGUCGUAUGGACAACUUUAUGGUAUUUUUAUACUGCCUUUUUGCAAUUUUAAAUCACCAUUAUCUUUCGUUGAUUGAUAGACAUUGCUCUGUGAAACACAAAAUGAGAUUUUAGGCAUAAAGAUUUUAAUGUGGGGUUAAAAAUACUUAAGGGUGAGUUUCAUUUGGCUGAACUUUUCCUUAAAUUGCCAGUUAGUUUUAAUGGGUAGAUCUGGCUUAGCCAUGAUGCUUUUUAACUUUUAUAUUCAAUAAGUGUUUGUAGUCAAUAAAUAAUACUGUACUUUAUAUUUUUAAAUGUCGCUUGAAAUAGUUAACCAGUUUACGUAUUCAUUUAGUUUUCGAUACAUUUCAAAAACAUUUCAAUAAGUUGAAUGUACGUUUACUUCAAAGGUGUGUGAAGUGUGGGACCAGGGUUGGAAAGUGUUUUACACGUCUGUGUGUGUUUCUUGUUUUUCUCGGGAACUGUGGCGUAGCGUGUAUGCUUUCCGUUGGUUGUCACGACAGGAACGCACACGUGUACACGUGCACAGGGAAGCAACCACGAUCCACAUGCACAUGCAUACACAUCCCUUACACCCCAAAUUGGAAGAAACCUUAGUGGUGACCUUUAACCCCCCUCCCUCCAUCCCUGUCCACCCAUCCUGAAAGCUGAAAGACACUGUGACUUCUCUCCCCUCCUACAUUAAUGUAGCUACUUCCUUAGACACGGUGAUGUACAGGAACCAAUCAGAGGAAGGUGUAGCUAGUCAGCUUUCGCUGAAAUCGGCCCUCUGGCCUGUCUGUCUUACGGGAGCGUUUCUACGUUCACCGACUUAACUGCCAUGAUGCAUUGUAGAAUCUGUUUUUGUAAGCGUGUUUUAUUAAUGCUAUCAUGUUUUUAUAAACAACAACUAGGGACUCAAUUGAAAAAAGAAAAAAUACAUAUUCAAACUAUUUUUUUUAGUUUUUGUUUACAUCCGCAAGAGCGAAAAUGUACAUUCUUGUGGCUUUUCGCAAGCAUUGUUAAUAGCCAAAAUUAUUUCUUUUUUUCUAGAAAAAAAAACUUAAACAGCCAAAAUGAUGCUUUUUCAGUGGCCUAUGAUUCUUAUGCCUUAGUAGUGAAAUGUAUUAAAGAUUUGCUGUUUUUAACUGUAGUCUCAUAAUGUGAAACUGGAUUAAGGCUACAGAAAAGUGCUGUAUAUUCUGUGGUGCUGUGAUUUGGGAUUAAAUGAAUUGGGAGAAUCCUAUCAGUUUCUUUCAGUCUUCCUGCUCAUUUCGCUGCUGAAACUCCAUAGAUGACUCUCACUGCAUCUCUCUCCAUCUCUGCAUCUGCCUUUCAUUUAGUAGCAGUAUUACAUUCAUUUACCAUGUCCUUGUUCACACCUACAUGCUGAGGAUGCCAGUGUGCGAAUGUGAAUGUUAAUCUUAGAAAGCGUUUUGCAUCGACAUUCAUGUUUGUAGUUUAUAUUCCGUUAACUGCUGCAAGUGUUCUCAGAAGAGAAGACUUAAAGAUCUCUACGUGAUCUUUACCGACUUUAACAAGCCUUCAAAUAAAGCACCCGCCUGAGGAAAAACUCAAAGAGGUUUUGCUUGGAGCUUUUAGUAUUUUUGCUUUUUGAUGUUUCUUAAUUGUUUCUCCUUUGUGAAACGACCAGACUCGUAUGAAUGGGAGCCACGAAAAGAAGCUAAAGGACUAGAGACUGAUCCCAAUCUCACCCCGUCUCUAAGGAUGGGGUAAGUCUGGGGGCAACCCCACUCUAAACCCACCCCCCAGCCUCACACCAAAACCCCCUACCUGGGAGCAGCACAAUAUUCAACCCAGUUUUUAAUCUUUUAGCCACCCGUUGUCCCUCAUGCUGCUUCUGUAACUGGAGUGUGGUACUAUGACUAUUCUUCACAUGCUUUCAUGACCUAAGCAAUUCUGCACGCUGUAAAAAAUGUUUACGUGUGAGUGUCAGGAGACGCCUUGCACUGUCAAACAAUUCUCUUAUAUUUACGUAACGGGGAUGGGAGUGCAAAUGUAAAUUUAAGACUUCUCCCACAUGAUUUUUCCUGCUUCUGCUUCUGUGACAGUUGGUGUGCAUGCUUCUUUUUUGUUUUCUUGUUUGAACCCCAAAACAAAUGCUUUCUGAUGUUACUAUUCCAACUGAACCAGGUCCCUAUGGAACUGUGGACACCAUAUGCAGUGCUGGUUGUUGGGGGGGAGAAAGUUAGCAUCGCGCUGUGCACAGGAAGCUCUCUAUCGCUCCAUUCAGGUAAAGCACUGUGCCUCGUCCCCUUUAACUGUCGUCCACCCUGAUAUCGUCUGCGCCUUGAUCGUGUACCUGCUUAAAUACUUCUCACCACCACCCCACUCCUCCUGUAAAUUUGAUCAUUUCUUGUCACCAUUGCUAGAGCCUUGUAGGUUUUCUGGGUGAUGGGGUUGAACCUUUAUUGCUUCUGUGGUUAGUGUGUUUGGUGCUCUAUUUUUUCUGUUGUUUUAGCCUUCAAGACAAUGGGGUGGUAAUCAGUCCAAAAGGUGCUGAAUGACUGGGUUUGUUGGUUGGUCUUUGAGUACUGAAUGUCAUUGAGUGGAUACAAACAAAGUUAACAAAGGUUGCCUGAUAAAGAAAGCGUGCAUAAAGGUGAGUGCUUGUCAGUCAACUGCUCUUAAGGCUUGGCAUAUAUGGACUUUGCUCAAGCGUUCCUCCGGUAUCGCCGACCUCGCCUAGCUCCCCCUCCGUGUGCCUUUUUUUAUUUUACCCCAGUCUGCUCGCCGUUAACGCCUAGCUCACCGCCGCCCUCGUCGCAUCCCAAAUGCUAGUUGUUAAGUUUGUCCAGUGUUAACCACUGCCUGAACACAUUCCUAAAGCUCUAUGUCAUUAGACUUAAGACUUCUGUUCACAAGACUCUGUCCGCGGCCCUUAUAUUUUGAGGGCAGUGCUUAUGGCUGUGAUAUGUUGCUGUGAUCGAGCUUCAAACCAGCAAAGGAUUUUCUUUAUAAGCUUAUGCUCCUAACUGACAGGUUUGGGCACUUUCACCAAACAUAUCAGUAGUUGGGAAUAACAUACGUUAAUUACCUGUUGUAUACUUGUAAUUACUUUUCAGAGUUGAAGGAAUGUUUUGGGUUUGAGACAGAAGGUUUUUACAAGCCGUGGUGUUGUUUAUAUUAGAGCAUUUGCGUUUUUUUAAUGUUCUUAUUUAUAUUCACAAAACGAAUCAACAAAGCAUCAAUUAAAAUUAAGAAACUAAUUAUAUAAAACGGAAUUAGUUUUAAAGCAGCAAACAAAACGUAUUAAGUGAUCGAAAAUUAUGUCUGACCCACUCCAUUUCUCCCGUCAUAUUGACCUUUAAUCCAUUACAAUGCCCUGUAUAUGACGUUGUAAAUUGCCGUCUGUCUUUCUUUUGCAAUAAGCUAUUGAAACAAAACAUAAACAACAUUACAUUAAAAUUUAAUCAAGCACAACAAUACUCAACAAUACUUAAAUAUAAAAAAAUUCUCUUUUAGCAUCCAUGUUAAAAUCUAAUAGCCUAUAGCUUUUAUAAUAGUUUAUUAUCUAAUAUAAUGUUUAUAAUAGUUGGUUGCACUGUUUAAUAUUUUGUAAACCUAUGUUGUAAACUUCCAUUUAACUAAAUAAAAAUCACAUUACGUUAGUCACGUUAAAAGCCUAACCCCGGAGAUCUCAAACUAAAACAGGGUCGGCAGCAUUUACGAACGACUUAUGAGGGUCAAAACCCUGGAAUAGUCUGGAUGAAAGGUCUAAACAUGGCAAAAGUAAUGCGUUUUAAAACAUAAACGCAUUAAUGUAAAAGUGGCCUCAGAACAAUUCUGACGCGUCUCUCAGUUCAAAAAUACUUACAGUGAAAGUACACUUGGGCAGUGUGUAUGAGGAUUUACAAGCAGAAAUGAGAAGCUGAUAUUUUAAGUGCACUUACACAAUUACCCAAACAAUCGAUCCGAUUGCAAAACACGUGUGGCGUUGUGUUGCUUGGCAACUAUUAUGCUGACUCUUUGCUUGAAUUAUUAUUAUUUGUUAUCAGUAAACUACCAAUAAACAAUUGCAUUUUUGUACUUGGGACUUAUUGCUUUAUUAACCAUGUUUAUUUACCUGAUAGUCCUCUCGGAACAAAGCACUCGAUCUACAGGUUUGAAAACGCUUUAGUCCCACUCCCAGACUUAAAUGUAUGUUUGAGCUGUCUUAACUGAAAACAGCUUGACUUGACGUAUUUUACGUUAAGACGUAUAUCAGUGCCAAUGUUUUGUCUCAAGAUUCCCGUCCGUCAUGUUUUUAAAGUCAUAUUAAUAAAAGCCACUUAAAUGUCCUAAAUUAACUAAGAAUGAAAUUAACAUUUGAAAUGGUGUAUAUUUAAAUAAUAUUGCCUGGCCCUGUGUACUGUCAUUGUAACACUAACUUUUUGCGAAAGACGAAUAUUGUAACCUUUUUAAAAGGAGACUUUGAUAUGUUUCCUUUUAAACUGGCUAAAUCUAUCAAAAGUGAAUAGCACAGAUUAAGACUACCUAUAAGAGCAGGAUUGGAUAAAAAAAAUAAGUUGCCUUAGAAAGAAAAGUAUGGUUUACCUCACUAGAAGGUGCUGUUGUCCUUGCUUUUACAGACCACAUGUUCAUCAUAGGUGUUUUUGUAUGCAUGUUGAAGGGAAAUCUCUCUCUUUGCAAUGCCAACAUAUGCAAAGACAUGUAGCGUCCUUACAAAUACUGUAGCACACUAAUCUUUCUCUUGCGUGUCAAUGAAAGCAAGUCCAUAGUCUGUUUCGCUUACUUUUGGAUAUAAAAAGACGUUAAAAAAUAAAUCUCCCCUCAGACCCUGACCUAAAACCAGAUAUAUGUAUUCUGAAGAUAUUAUCUAUCUAUGGUACUUACCAUAUCACUGGCAUUGAGAGAUUUGUGGUUAACAGGUUUCUGUAAUGAGAAAUGUCUGAUUUAAUAAAUGAGAAACUUUCCAUUUAAGAGCUGGGUACUGUAAUGUCUUAGUAAAUACUGUACACUUCCAGUUUCAAAUUCCUUGACUCUAGAUGGUACACUUUGUAUUUCCAUGGAUACAAUAAGUCCACCCCCCCAACAUUUUCCUGACUUUUUGUACACAUUGAACUGCUGGAAUUUCACUGUAAUAUAUUUCUUCUAUUGUUUGUAUCUCCUUUCACUUUUCAUUCUUUCUUGUUUUAUUUGACUUUACCUUAAAACCUAUAUAAUUUUCUUGACACUACCUUACCUACAGGAAGGGACAAUUCGGGGGCUUUUGAAGGGUAAAGUUAAACAAAACUGAUGUAUGAAACUGGAUUUAUUUCUAUUGCAGGCGAUAGGAUACGAGCUGGUUGUAAUAUUUUUUAUCAUCUUUUAAAGAAUAUAUGCAUGCUUUGUUGAUGUGUGUGUAUAUUGCAAAAAAAAUCGUGCAACUGGUAAUGUGUACUCUUUUACACCAGCUUCUGCAUGAACACUGGCACCGCAUGCUUACUGCAAUAAACUAGUAUCUAAUCUGAAAGCAAAUGCUGUGUUGUGCUCAUUUACUUGAUUUAAAAAUAAACAUAUAUUGUACCAUUGCA